GUGUGCCUUAGUGCAUUACUAUCUUUGGUGAACGACGGUUGGGCAUUUCGGGAAAAACGGCGGCAACUAAGCUUUGCGCAACUUUACUAUCUCGUUUAUUGUUUACAAAGAAGAUUAACAAGACAAUCGUUUAAAAAGGGUUUUGAAUUGUCGGUUGGGGCUUGGGUUAUGUAAACUGCGAGGUGCUAACGAUUUCCGUUUCAUCUUCUCUGCUGCUGUAAUCGAAUGUAAUUUAAUUCAAGUCUGGGUGCACUACAACGGAUGAUACAGCUACAAUGGAUAAAUGCAAAGCCAUGGACAUGGAUAUAAAUUAUGAAAAUAACAACACGGCUGGGGAAAAGUGCAAUGCGAUCGACAAUAAUCAAAACAAACGAGUGACAUGCUUGAAUGGCGAUGCAGAAACGGCGAUCGAGGAACAGCCAGAAGCUGAAGCUUAUUUGAAACAUCUACUGGAGAAUGGAUGCAAUGAGGGGGACAGUGGUUAUGAAAUGGAAUUGCCACCCUGGUAUGAUGAGCAUUUGUUCAAACAGGGUCAAAGUUUCAUGAACAAAUACAGAUUUGUCAUACAAUCGGGCAUGUUAUCCGGCUUAGUGGCCGUUCUGGCCAUACCAUCCAUUCUCAAAGUCCUCAUAUGCACCCGGCAAUCAUCGAGUCCCGCCACAGCCUAUCGCCGAUAUGUACGAACCCUACUGCACACAAAUUCCUGGUAUAAAUAUUCAGCAUCUGACAAAUCCUCCCGUUUUUGGACUAGCCUGAGAGCGGUGCGCAAGGCCCAUUCAAGAUCAAGUCGAGCCUGUGCUAAACUGGGGGCGGGACAAAUAACACAAAAAGAUUUGGCUCUCACCCAGUUUGGAUUUAUUGGAUUCCUAUCUUUGGGGGCCCAUCGCAUCCAAUUGGAUGACGAACACUUCCUGGAGGCAACAUCCCACAUGUGGCGUGUUUUGGGUUACCUACUCGGCAUCAAAGAUGAAUACAAUAUUUGCGGACGUAAUUGGCUGGAGACGAAAUUACGCCUCUCCAUUGUCAUGCGUAAAGUCUACGAACCGGCCCUGGAAAAUCCCUCAGAGGAAUUUAAAGAAAUGUCCAAGGCCCUGCUAGAAGGCCUGUGGCACAUCAACACCACACUGACCGUUGGUUCAUUUGUCUAUUUCACCAAACGCCUAUGCUAUGUCAAAGGUUAUGAAUAUUUCAAAUUUGACUAUCCCCCCUGGCGGAAACCCGAUCCCCAACAACAUUUGUACUACAAGGACCUGAGUUGGAUCGAUCGUUUCAUUGUCUUCUAUGCCCUCAUCCUAAUCACAUAUCUGCACAAAUUCGACAUUGUUCGUUGUUAUUUGAAUUUCCGGGCGUGGUUAAAUGAACUGCUAAUUGAAUACUUGCCGUAUCUGGCGAUUUUGAAAUUUGGCACCACCUGGGCAUAUGUGAGCAUUUUUAAUCGCAGCGGUGGCGAAAAUGAAUUUGAAUAUCAUUUGAAGGAGGAUUAACGGGGUUUUUUUCAUAGUCUAGUUGUUAAUUUUUUUUUUAUAUAUUUGAGAAG